AUGCCGCCGAAAGGGUCACGCGCUAAGACCGCCGUCGAAGUGCCGCCGUCUGAAACCACUUUGGGUGGGCCUGAUGCUGCAUCCAAGCAAACGACAACCGGCAAGUCAGACAUUGAGAAGAAUCUGCCAUCUGAAGCUGAAGUCAUUGCGGGUAGCUCGGGAUUAUCCAUUGAGGAUAAGCUGAAGGCGUUGGCUACGGUCGUACCUGAUGACACCUUCAUUGAGGACGACUCUGACGAAGAGCUGGAAAUUGAUCAUGAGAAAGGAUCGGCAUCGCAUCUUCGGUCCACGGCGAUACUGCUCUUCCCGGUCAUUCCGGAGGAGUGGCUCUGCACCCAGGCCAGCUGUGGGAAAGCGCACGGCAAAUCUUUCAUGACUGCUGCAGACCACAUCACUUUUGCAAGUCAUCUGCUGGGGUUAGAGAAGCUGGGUGCUGCCACUCGUCUCUCCCUCGAGAAGCUGAACCUGAACACCAUCCGCAAGGAACAAGGUUUAUCACUUCAUAACAUUUUGAUUCACCCGUCAGGCCGACUGAUCAAAGCAGACGUGCAGCUUGACGCCUUUCACAUCACCUUAGUAGCAGUGUAUUUCCCGGCGGACGUGACGGACAGGAAGUCCUUCAUCCGUCGGGUCCUGGGCCCAGUGGUUGACGGUGUACCGCCUGGCGCUCACCUGCUUGUCCUCGGGGAUCUGAAUCUGGUGGAGGAUCCGCUGCUGGACAGGACUUCCAGGAAGGGGACGACCAAGGAGAAUGAUGAGUUGUACCAGCGCUGCAGUGCCGUCCGUUUAUCGGAUGCCUUUCGCGUUCUGCAUCCCUUCAAGCGGGAGUUCACUUUCUACUCACACGCCUGCCAGACCAGCUCGCGCAUAGACCGCGCGCUCAUCUCGCAAUCUCUGCUAUUGCAUGUUGAGUUCGCCUCCCACAUCAUGCCUGCCGACCCAAUCUCGGAUCACAGCUUCGCGAUUAAGGUGGCCUUCAGGAUGAGCACACAAGUGCAGACGGGACCGGGCCUCUGGAGGCUUCCUGCAUACAUGGUGGGGAGACCGGGUGUCAGAAAGGUGAUUGAGCGGGUGUCGAAUCAGAUGGAGGAAUCGGGUGGCAAUUACGAGUUGCUAAUCGCGAGACUGAACGCGGGGCUCAAGGCUUACGCCAGAGAGGAGAGUAAGAGGGUUCGCGCCACGUUGUCCUUUCUUCAUCAGGCGGUUGCUGAUCUGAAACAAGCGUGGCUGGGGGACCCGAGUUGCGUCCGGCUCAAGGACCUGCUGAGUGAAAGGGAGCUCCAACUGAGAAGCUAUCAGCAGUCGCGGCAGGAGAGACUGCACGUGAUGGCCGGUAUGAAGGAGGUGACGUUGGGGGAAGUCGCAUCACCUUUUUUAUCUGCGAAGAUUAAGGGCCGGAAGGCACGCACGCAAAUCACGGAGUUAAACGUGGGAGGCACAAUGGUUAGUGACAACAAAAGCAUUUUGGAUGCAGCCUCGCAGUACUACCGGCAGCUGUUUGGAGCAGACAGACAGACGGUCUUAUCUGAGUGGGAACCCUCGGCGGACAGAAGGAUGUCGUCAGCAGUGGCGGAGUCGCUGACAGCUGAGUGGUCGGAAGAGGAGGUUAAGCGCGCGUUUCAGUCGAUGACGAAAAAUAAGGCUCCUGGUCGGGACGGCUUGCCAAAGGAGCUCUUUGAAGCGCACUGGGACAUCUUGGGCAAACACUUCAUGUUGCUGGUGAAAAGCUUCUCGGACACGGCGUCCCUUCCAACCUCCACGAAAGACGCGGUGACCAUCCUGCUGCACAAGAAAGGGGGCAGAGAUCAGCUGGAGAACUACCGUCCAAUCACAUUGCUCAGUUUCACCUACAAAGUGAUAGCGCGUGUGGUAGCAGACAGGAUGAAGAAAGCGCUCUCGGAGGUCGUCUCACCGGAGCAGUUUGGCUUCUUACCCGGGAGGAGGUUGUCGGAUGCUGUGGGGCUGGUGGCGGAUAUUAUUGAAGCAGCCAAAAACAAGGACAAAGAUUGGUACCUCCUGCUCGUUGACUUCAGGAAGGCCUUCGACUCUGUGUCGCGGGGAUUCCUGUUUACGGUGCUGGAGAAGAUGGGUUUUCCUCCCCGAUUUGUCGGAUGGAUUCGGGGCCUGCAUGAGAACACACGGACAAGUCUGUUGGUUAAUGGUUGGAUUGGUGAAGCGGUCGAUGUGGUCUCGGGGGUGCGCCAGGGCUGCCCCCUUGCACCUUACCUGUUUUUGUGCGCGGUGGAGCCGCUAGCGCAAGAAGCGGUGAACCGGAGGAUAGGCGUUUCCGAGGGUGAUCAGCGGCUGGCGUACCUUGGGUACGCCAACGAUACAACUCUUAUCCUGGAGGGGGAGGUGCAGAUUGCAGAGGCAGAGAAGCUGUUAGAAGAGUUUGCAGGGGAGUCAGGUCUCGCCACUAACAAGGAGAAGUCAGUUGUCUUACCUCUGGGGUCGAAUCUGGGCAGGCAGCCCUGGAAGACCGAUGGUUUCAAAUGGGCGAAAGCCGAUGAGGCAGAAAGGCUGCUGGGGGUGUGGGUGACUCCUGCUGGAAGCUGCAAUCCUACAUGGGAGAAGGCUUUCGCACAGAUUAAGCGGAAAUUGUCGCAGUGGGAGGCGCAGCACCUUACAACUGGCGCGCGUGCUGCGGUGAUCAACUGCUACGUCUCACCGAUAAUCUUCUUUCAGGCUCAGGUGUACCCGCCGCCGAUGGAUAUCUGGGGGAGGAUACUGAAACUGACGCACAAUUUCAUGUCGGGAAACCGGGCCUCUACCGACAAGGAAUUCAUACUGUGGAGCAGAGAGCUGCUGUACAUGGCCAGGGAAGAGGGGGGCGUCGGUGUGAAGGACCCUGAAAUUGCACUUACCUGCUUAAUUGCCAGGAAGAUCGGGCUGCUGCUCACCGAGACAAACGCGCUGAAACGCGACAUCAUGCUCCAAGCUGCGGACCUGCCGCUGGGAACGGACACUUUCGUCGCCCACGUGAAGCUGCUCAAAUGCUGGCGCGGGAAAAGCGAGCGGUGGAAGCUUGCGUGCGCUAACUUCAUGCAGUCGCCGCUCGCCAGCACGUCGCUUGAAUUAUCACGGGAGGAAGCUGCGAAGGAACGGAUCGUUUUCAACCGCCAUAUCCUGAUGAAUGGCAUGACUCCAGUGGGCAGCCAGAAAGCCGCAGGAAAAUUGUGGGAGGUGCGUCUGGGUAACCUGCUGGUCGCGGGUGAGGACGGGGGCUGGUGUGUGAAGGAUGUCAAAACCCUAGCGAGGGAGCUCGGUGGCUCGAAGCAGGCAAAGCUUGCUCUACGGGCGUGGGAGGCUGCACCGCAGAGCUGGAAACUGCUUCUCCUCUCAGCCGAGCAAUCCUGUGCACCCACCACCCAGCUCCGCACUCCGCUACAGCGCACAGCGGCUUUCAGUGGUGGGGGGAUACCAUCGCUGAAGGAGUUGAAGGGGAACUGGCAACAGUCGAAACAUCAAUCGGCCAAACGGGAGCUCUGGGCGGGCAGAUGGGCAGGAGCCAUUGCCUGGAAAAGGGUUGUGAAAAUUCGGGACUCGCCGGUGACGCCGAACCGACCGCGGGAUGUGCUGCUGAGAAUUCACAGUCUCAACCUUCAGGUGGGCGAACGGCUUUCCUUCCUGAGUGGAAAGCCGGUCUGCCCGCAUUGCGGGGAGUUUGAAACUCUGGAACAUUGCCUCUACACCUGUCCAAGGAUCCAGACGGUUGUGGGGGCAGUUCGGAAGGCUCUGCGCAUGCUGAAUCCGACGAGGCAUGUUGACAGCUUGGGUGACCUACUGUUUGGCAACACCGCUUCCACCUCAGCUUUUCCGGAAGCAUCUCUCUCGGCAAUCGCAAUACACCAGAUUUGGGCAGAACGGUGUGAUUGCGUGUUUCGAGGCAAGAGGUUUCGGGCCAGGCGGGUGCUGAGGAGGAUUGAAGCAGCUUUCAGGCUCCAUGUGCGGGUGUACACUCGGGCAACAGGGAUAAAGCUGAACAUGAAGGGUGACUUGAGGCAGGGCGGGAAGACAUACGCGCUGGCAGAACAGGAGGGUCGGCUCCUUGGACGUGUCCGGUCUCUGAAUGGCAAGGGCUGGAAAUGGUCCCAUCGCUUUGGCGCGCUGUGGAAUCUUGCGCGAGGGGCACUGCAUCCCCCUUAG